CUGCUGCUUUUCGUCUUAACUGCUAUUCUCAUCUUCAAUUUAUACCUAUUUCCAGCCAUAGCCACGGCCCCACAGGGUAACUGGCCAUUUCCAUAACCCCUUAUACUUCUCCACACUCGUUAAGCACUACGCCCCGCGCACAUCCUCAACCAUGCUCUCUACCUUCCGAACCGGCGUCAAGGAUAUUGAACUCGCCAACCCUCCUACAGACUCAAUCUCUAGAAUCGAAUUCUCUCCCACCGCCGACAUACUUGCUGUUGCGAGUUGGGACAACAAUGUGCGGUUAUACGACGUAAACUCGCAAGGGCAGAACCAAGGGAAGGCGAUGUACUCUCAUCAGGCUCCUGUGCUUGAUUUAACUUGGUCGGCAGACGGCCAAUAUGUCUUCUCCUCCGGAUGCGACAACGCUGCUCAAAUGUACAACGUCCAAACACAGCAAGCACAACAAGUAGCUCAACAUGAUGCACCCAUAAAGUGUGUUGAAUUUGCCGAAGUGCCGGGAAGUGGACAGGUUUUGAUUACAGCGGGUUGGGAUAAGAAACUCAAGUACUGGGACUUGAGAUCACCCAACCCUAUUGCAACUAUCGACCUCUCUGAUAGGGCCUAUUCGAUGAGCGUUGCUCAACAACUGUUGGUCUGUGCUACCGGUGACCGUCAACUGCAUGUCAUCAAUCUUUCAAGCCCUACCACCAUCUUCAAGAGUAUCGAGUCACCGUUGAAAUGGCAAACACGAGUUGUCAGCUGUUUUCCUACUGGAGACGCAUUCGCUGUUGGAAGUAUUGAGGGACGAGUAGCUAUCCAAUACCCUGGAGAGGAUGAUAAGCGAAAUUUCUCUUUCAAAUGUCAUCGAUACGACAUCCCUACUGGUAGCAUGCCGCGAACUCCCGCCGUCAGCGGCUCCCAGAAUGUUUUCGCUAUCAACUCUCUCACUUUCCACAAGGUGCAGGGAACUUUCUGCUCUGGUGGCAGCGACGGUAGUUUGACAUUCUGGGACGGUAUCUCUCGAACAAAGCUUAAGACUUUCUCCUGCAAGGAUUUGAACAACGGAGACACAGAUGUACGACCACCAAGAUUUGGUACUCCCAUCGUGUCUACUUCCUUUAACCGAACCCAAGAAAUCAUCGCGUAUGCCAUGUCAUAUGAUUGGUCCAAGGGCCACAGCGGUGUCCCACCUGCGGGACAAAACAUUAACAAAGUUAUGUUGCACCCUGUCAAGCCUGAAGAAGUCAACAAGAAGCCCAAGAGGAAUUAAAAGUGUUGAAAUGAACAAAGCCGUGUAAAGUGGCAGAGACCAGCAUUCUGGGCAUGGAGGAGAGAGGAAUUAGACUGUAAGCAGGAAGCAUCUGUCUAGUAUUAAUUGGUGCUUUCUUCUAAUUCAGGUUAUUCGUGAAGCAUGAGUACGGUUUUUCGUGACCCAUCCUGUCGUUCGCCGAGUGAUGAAGGGAUUGUCAUAUUUGGUUACCAAAUUCGUAUAGCCUGUGUACCCUAGUUUCAUCCCUUUCGUCAAGCUCAAU